AUUUUUAAUUCCCUAAAAAUAUACAAAGUAAUUUUCUGUUUUAUUUACUGUUGAAUAAAACAUGCGUUACACAAGUUUCCCAUUCCGAUUAAGAAUUAAAUGUUUGUUUAUUUCUCUUUAUGGCCCUCCAAAUCAAUCUUUUUCACUUUCAGCUCUCUAAGUUUGUAAAACUUUCAAAUCCAACCCCUUUCUCGUAAAAAAAAUUACAUAUUAAGCAAAUUAACCUCCAACAAUCAAAACCCUCACUUAUUAUUACAGAGAUUUCGUUUUCCCCGGAGCGAACGAGCGAGAGGAGAACCAAAAGUUUCAAACUUUCACGUCUCUGUUUCUGCGAAAUCAACGAUAAAGCUUCAAACUUUAUCGUCAGGCCGUUUGGUUUCUUCGUCGUAGUACAUGCACCAUGCUGCUUUACGUGAACCCAUAAAGAAAAGAAAAGAGAAUCUUUUGUAUCCGAGAUUCAUAUGGUAAUGGAGAAGAAGAUGACUGUUUUGAAGGCGAAGAGGCAGGACAUGAAGGCAUGCUUCUCUUGUCCUAUCUGUAACAAUCUCUACGACCGUGCCACCACCAUCUCCGAGUGCCUCCACACAUUUUGCAAGAGAUGCAUAGAAGACAAGUUGGUAGUAGAGAAUCUGAAAGCUUGUCCUGUCUGCAAUGUUGAUCUUGGUGUUGCUCCUCUUGAUAAACUCAGGUCGGAUAACAUGUGGGAUGAGUUGAGGCUAAAGGUCUUCAAACAAAAGCCAAAAAGCGUAAAGGCAGCAGCAGCAGCCAUUGAGACUGCUUCAGCAUCUUUGACAUACUCCAGAAAGAAGAAGACGGCUACUUCACCUAGAGCAUCAACCUCACCUGAACCAACUCCUGAUGGUGCGUUGGAAAGUGAGAAGCUUGAGGAGGAAAUGGAAGCGGUUUCUCUGAACCAGACCUCGUGCGCACUAGUUUCGAAUUUUAGGAGGCGUGUGAGGAAAAACCUGGCGCCUAAAAGGAAUGAGAACCCAUUGGAACCGCAGCAGCUUCAUGUGGAAAGCGACAAUGGUUUUGAGAUUGUUCUCAACUUUGAACAAGACAAUGGUUUGGCUGGAGCAUUGACAUCUAAUGGAUGCGUACAAAAGGUUCCAGUUUCAUCUGAUGAUCUUGGCAAGUCCUUGAGUAAUAGUAAGGAGAGUAACGGUAGCGCACUGAAUGUUGAGACUGUGAUAACUCCAAAUGGCAAUACAGAGGAAGUCACUGGUGAAGCAAAUGAAAACAAUGUUCUGGUAAGCUCUGAAAACGUUCCAAAGGAAGUCUCUGGUGAGAAACCGAAGAGCAAUGGUGUAGAGAAGCAAGAAAAUGUCUCUACUAUCUCAGCAGGUAAGAAGGGGAAAGGAAAAGCAUAUGCUCAGCGGGUUUUGAGACCGCGAAAGCAGGGGAAUAUGAGUUCAGAUGGUGCAUCAGAAGCAGCCGUUUCUAAAGAAGCAGAAGACAAAGUUGAAGGAAGUAACAAGAAAGUUUGGCUUUCACUAAUAGCUGCAGCGAAUCAGAACACAGAGAGGCCACUACUGCCACAAAUCUCCAAUGCCUACAUACGAACAGAUGGAAACUUAACUGUCUCAUAUGUCAAGAAGUAUCUAGCGAAUAAGCUUGGUCUCCAAAGCGAAGACCAAGUGGAGAUAUGGCUAAGGCAAGAGCCUGUGUGUUCGACGCAUAAGCUGCAUAACUUGGUGGAUUGGUGGGUCCAGUCUACUCCAGUUGCUGAGAGAAAAAGCGCCAUGGUUGGGAGCUCCGGUGCUGAGUUUGUCAUGGUUCUACACUACAGUGGCUCUCACCUCUGUGAAUAGCUCUUCUUCUAACAUCCAUCAUCAAAUCAUUUUUCUUCUUUCUUAAAAACUCUUUCUUGUGAAAGAAGAAACCAUGAAUAAAAAAACUGCCUAGGGUUUAAAUUUUAUUUAGUUAUUUGCUGAGAAUAAAUAUGGGAACCUUUUUGCUUUGAGGUUGAGAAAACGGUAUGUUUUUUUGGUGAUGAGGCUCUUUGUAGUCUGUUUUCCUUCAAAUGCAAUAAAGAUGCGCCGAUUUUGUUCCUUAUUUGGUUUAGUUAACACAUGAUUCCAUUGACUGGGUCAGGUUUUACUUUACAUUUCUUAUUAUUAUAC